AUGGCUACCAAAAAAGACAUGCGCAGGGACGACCUCAUCGUGCCUUACAUGCCACCUGAGGACUCCAAGGAUAACCAAGACUUCCAAAGCACGAUGACUAGCACACUUCCAAUGGCAGCAAUCUUCACCAGGAACAAGAUGCUUGGAUGGACGGCAGUUCUAUUCGCCAUCCAGCAGUGGCUUUCGGAAUCGCCUGCACAGAAGGCGGCGGCCUCAUCACCGGCUUAUCUUUCUGUCGGAAUGGCUGCGCUGUCGUUGGGAGUUGGAUAUAUGCCUCUGUUUUUGCCGCCCGCUCCUGGUGCUGGAGUCGCUGCCACGGGGACUGGAGCACCUGCGGCCGCAGGUUCAUAG